AUGGCCUCUGCCGAACCCGAUCCGCAACCUGCCCCGGCGCAACCCGCGCUCACCUUCACGCGCCUGCCGAGAGAGGUGCAGAAGGACAUUGUCAGCCAUUGCUCGCAGAGCGAUUGGAUAUGUCUCUCUCUGGUGUCGAAGCACCUCCGAGAGCUCGCUUCCGCCCAGCUCUACCGCAACUUCCACAUCGUCUUCCCCGACGAAGACGACCCUGCCUUCGACUCGCCUAUCGACGGCCUGGCCGGCGGCCUGGAUACCUUUGUGACGAGCGACUACGACUAUGCCAAGCAUCUCCGCGAUCUCUCUCUCGACACCCUCAGCGCUGGCGACAAGGGAGAGGCGGCCUAUAAGCCCUACCUGUACAAUGUCAGCUGCGGCAAGUUUAUGAACACGCUGCUGCUUCUGACGCUGCGCAAGGCUAGCGCGCUCGAGUCCUUUAGGUGGAACAUUCGGGUCGAGCUGAGCCGGCCCGUCUACAAGGCCCUCCAUCAGAUCGAUACUCUCAGGCACCUUCAUCUAAGACUUCAGGCAGGUCCUUCGUUGUACGAAACACCACCCCCGCUGCCGUACAACGGUUCACAGGUGACCACGUCAAUGCCUACCCAUCAUGUGCCAAGCGUUGCCCCGCCUCCUCCCGUACAGCAGUCGAUAUUUGGGAUUCCUCCGCCGCCGUCGGCAUUCUACAUCCCACCCUCGAGCGUGCCGCCACCCCCCAUACCCAAGCCGAUAGCGAGGGCCAGGGCGCCGAGGGGGAUAUCUUUGAGUAAAGAACCCCCGACCCUGGCGGGCUUCAAGCAGCUCAAGACUCUCUCCGUUCUCGACAUCGAUACGCUCGACCUGGUCGCGGAGAUCAAGACAUGCAUCAAGAACUCAUACGGGUCCCUCUCGAAGCUGAAGCUGUCCUUUUCCGACUCGCUUGCCAUGCAAGCCAGGAAACCCCCGCCUGAUCUCGACCCUGAGGACUCGGACCCAGAGGACGAAUUUCACGUACCGGUUCCGCCCUCUGCCAACUACCAUGACGCCAGCGCCCCGGCAAAGGUUUUCCGAGCCCAAGAAGAGAAAAAGAGCCAAGAGUCGGUCUUGGGUAGAAUAUUCGACGUUGAACCCCCAGCUCCGAAGCCUAGAAGGCUCCGCCUGAAGGAGAGAGACGCCAAGGACGAGCCUGGCACCAAUCCGGGCCGAGAUUUCAUCACUGCUAUCAAAACAGUGUCGUCGAAGCUUAUGAAGGAUUUGAACGGCGCUAGCGACUUCUCAUCCUCCCAACAGGAGAUUCUCGACACUAUAGAGAGUGCCGCGCGGAAAUACGUUGCCGCUGAAGAGGCGAAAUUUCGUGACGAAAAGCAGCAGGGCAAGACGGCUGACGCGGGGCCGAGCUCUACCGAGGUUGCCCAGCCAUCCCAGGCCGCUGAGGCGUCUACCUCAGCUGGUGACACUUCGGUGAGCCUCUUUGACCAACCUACGGUCACAAAGGUAAAGGAGAACCAGAAGGAUGCGGACCCGGAGGACAUCAACAUUGAAGAGCCCGAGGAACAGCUCGUCAUUGAGCAAGAUGCGCCACCGACAACGGAUGCUCCGGCAAGCGAACCUCUUGCCCCUACAUCGGACUCUUCUUCGGAGAGUUCGCCCAUGGCCGAGGGUGCUUCAGCGUCUAUAGACGAUGUGAUAACCGAAAAGGAUACCGCAGCACAAAAGCUGGUGUUCGACGCGGGACAGUUGGAGCUCAAGGAGGAUCUCGAAGAAGUCGAGAUCGAGACUGAUCGUGCCGUCGGGAGUCUCGUGACCGAGCAGCAAGGCCAAGGCUCUGUCGAGACAGACUCUCAGAGCCAACGCAUCAAUGAAUACCUACGAGCGACGCGGGGUCUAGCACUUCAGUCCCUCGGCGUUUAUCUUAUUCCAGUCAAGGCGUCGGUCCUGUCUCGGGCUAUAGACCUGCGUGCCCUCAAGCGCCUCACGCUCCUCAACGUCGGCAUCCAAGCGCCCUUCUGGUUACACCUUCAGAAGGAGAACAAAGAGUCGCCUUUGCCGCUACGCAAAAUAUUCACUGAUAACGUGUCGAUGGUGUUCUUGACAUUUGUCUCGACCCUCGAGGAGUUGCAUGAAUUAUUCAUUCUCGAGAGAGAUUCAAAGUACAAGCCCGAGAGCUUUGCGCCCUCGACAACUGUGACAAUUGAGCAGAUCCGGCGGUUGGUGCUAAAGAAGCACAUGCCAACCUUGAAGCGACUGAUGAUCAAGAACCAGGCCGAUACCGCCUGGGACAUUGAUGAAAAGACCACUGCGUUGAUUUGCAAGCGUGGCAAGCAGCUUGAAGAGCUCGCGUGCAAUAUGGGCAUCAAGGCCGUCCAUGCUUUUAUGCAGCGCCUCGCGGGCCUUGUCAAUCUGCGGGCUCUGCACAUAGUCCAGCUCCGCAACGAUGAUACCUGCGUCUGGGUCAUGCGCGAAACGAAGCGCUUCCUAGUAGAUAAUCUGUCCCAUCACCCAGAGAUGAAACUCGAGUGGAUCUCUAUCGACGACGAAGAUCGCGUCGAGCGUCUUGUUCGCCCUUCGAGCGCAUCUAAGAAGGACAGAGACCCGAAGAAAUCUAAGGGCAAGCAGGUGGCAACCAACUCGGGUGUGGUCAGCAACGACGUGUUUCCCGUACUGCCACAGAUCGAUACGUGGAAUGUCAGCAGCGAUAGCGAGGACGACUACGAGGAUGGCGAUUUCAAGAACACAAAGAUCGAGACGAUUGAGAACUUGCACUUCUACGACGUCUGGGGUGUCCGUAUCUUCAAGAAAGAAGUGCUCUAUGGGCGUCUCUGA